AUGGCGGACCGGGCCGAGGAGUGGUACAAGGAGAUGCGCAAGGCCAGCAUCGAGCCGAACGUCAUCACCUUCAGCUCCUGCAUUCACGCAUGCGCGAAGGCUGGAGACAUGCUCCGGGCGGAGUCCUGGCUGGGCCGCAUGGAGCAGGAGGGCGUUGCGCCGAACGCCAUCUGCUACAACGCUGUGAUCCACGCGUGCGUCAGCACCGGCAGCAGCCAGCGCGCCGCCGAGUGGAUCGAGCGCAUGGCGGCUCAGGGCGUGAGCCCCACCGUCACCAGCUACAGCGCAGUUCUGGACCCGCUGGCCAAGGCCGGCGACCUCGAGCAGCUGGAGGUGUGGCUGCGCCGCAUGGAUGAUGCGGGCGUGGAAAGGGACCUGGUGUGCUACACCAUGCUGCUGCGCGCGUGCAACCGGGCAGGCGACUCCCGCCGCGCCCGCGCCUGGUUCGGCGAGAUGCAGAAGGCGGGGAUUGAGCCGAGCCUGGUGUGCUACAACCUCAUGAUGAACGUGCACGCCAAGGGCGGCUGCCCCGGGGACGCAGUCCACUGGCUCCUCAUGAUGCGCCAUUCCGGCAUUUCUGCGGACGCGGUCAGCUUCAACACCAUCAUCAAGGCCUGCGCCAGCGGCGGGGACGUGGACGGCGCCGAGGGCUGGUACCGCGAGAUGCGCAAGGCCGGCCUCGCGCCGGACGCCGUGACGCACAACGCCCUUAUCAGCGCGUGCGCCCGCGCGAAGAACGCGGACAAGGCGGAGAGCUGGCUGCAGGCCAUGCUCGAGGGCAGCGCGAAGCCGGACGCCGUCAGCUACUGCAUGACCGUGGACGCGUGCGUGCGCGCUGGGGACCUGGACCGCGCGGAGGAGUGGCUCGCCAGGAUGGCGAAGUCCGGCCUCCGCGCCACCAGCGCCUGCUACGGCACGCUGAUGCACGCGCUGGCGCAGCACGGGGAUGCCGACCGCAUCGAGGCGAUCCUGGAGCGCAUGCGCGCCUCAGGCAUCGACACGAAC